UCAGUGAGUUGGCAGUCUUCGCGCGGAAUUCGCACCAAACGGUUGAGUCAAAAUAAUAAAUAUCUAGGAAAGUAAAAAUCAGGCACAAGGCAAAAGUUGAAAAUUUACUGCUUCAAAUAUCAAUGAAAGCAUAAUUUGAAAACAUUAAAGUGUUUGUUAUUCUAAUAAAAUUUUAAAAAUUUUGUGCAAUAACUUUCGCAAAUCGCUAUAAAUAAUUUAUUGUUCGCAGAAAAACAAAAUUAUGCAUAUUGUUGUGCCGAAAGUGGUUUGAAGCUCUUUGAAAACGUUUCGUUGCGUUCGCAAAAUACCACCCACGAAUUGUUUUAUACCCGUAAAGAAGUGUGGAAUUUAUUUGUUUUUGUUGCAAAUAGAAUUUUUUAUCACUAAAAGUUAUAUAAUCGCUCUUGAAGCGUAUCACCGACAACAAAGCUUCUGCGCUCUUGGAGGUCAACAAUGGAUUCGGAUAAAGUUGUGCGCGCUAUGGCGCGUUGGUGGCAGACCGUCAGUCAAGAGGACAAUGACCCCAACGCGCGUAAUCCAAUGCUCUACGAUCCGCUGCAAGAUGGUGCGGUACGAACCUCCAAAAAGAUGCAAUAUGUUGCAGCUUUGGUUGUUUGCCUCGGUGCUGUAGCUGCUGGUACAGCACUUGCAUGGACAUCGCCAGUGUUGCCACAAAUAAGCGCACCACCCGUUGAAGCAAUCAAGGACACAAACGCCACGAUUACCAAUUCAACCACGAUUGCCAAUGCGACCACAACCACGACGACGGCAGCGACGCCAGCGGCGGAAUCGUCGGGCUUGCAGCUGACGCUCGAACAACAAACUUGGGUGAGUUCGUUGGUCGCGAUUGGUGCCUUCUUUGGCGCUUUACCCACCGGUUAUAUAGCUGAUGCGAUUGGCAGACGUUACACCGCGCUUGUUAUGGAUGUGCCCUUCAUUGUGGCAUGGUUGGCGAUUAUCUUCGCCAAAUCGGCUGGCUGGCUGUACUUUGGACGUUUCGUAAUUGGUGUUUCGACCGGCAGCUUCUGCGUUGUUGCUCCCAUGUACAUUUCCGAGAUUGCAGAGACAAGCAUACGUGGCACGCUGGGCACACUCUUUCAAUUGUUGUUGACCUUCGGUAUUCUUUUGGUUUAUCUCAUUGGUGCUGUGGUUUCAUGGACCACACUGAGCGUGCUCUGUCUGAUGGUGCCGAUUGCAUUGUUCAUUGGUAUGCUAAUACUACCGGAGACGCCCACAUAUUUGUUGAAGAAGGGUCGUCGCGGCGAUGCUGCUUUGUCCUUGAAGUGGCUUUGGGGUCGCUAUUGUGACUCUCGUUCGGCUAUACAAAUGAUACAAACCGAUCUGGAUCAGGCCGGUGAUGAUGCCUCAUUUCUGGAUCUCUUCCGCAAUCCGGCAGCGCUUAAAGGUCUCAUCAUCUCCAUGUUGCUGAUGUUCUUUCAACAGUUUUCCGGCAUUAACGCUGUCAUCUUCUAUACCGUGCCCAUCUUCCAGUCGGCCGGCAGCACUUUGGAUCCUUCAGUUUGCUCAAUUAUCGUCGGUUUCGUGCAGGUCGUCAUGACUCUGACAUCCUCGUUCCUGAUUGAGCGCGCCGGUCGUAAAGUGCUUUUGCUCUUUAGCAGUACCAUGAUGACUAUUUGCCUAGCCAUUUUGGGUGUUUACUUCCAAAUGAAGGACGGCGGUAAGGAUGUCUCCUCAAUAGGUUGGCUGCCAUUACUUUGCGUAGUGCUCUUCAUGAUAGUCUUCUCGAUCGGUUAUGGUCCCAUUCCAUGGCUGAUGAUGGGUGAACUCUUCCUGCCUGAUGUUAAGGCCACCGCUGUGGCGCUGACUGUCAUGUCCAAUUGGUUCUCAGUCUUUGUGGUGACCAAGUGCUUUGGUUCGAUGAUCACCGCUUGGGGCUCGGACAUGACUUUCUGGUUCUUCGGUUUUUGUACGCUCAGCGCGACACUUUAUGUGGCCUUCAUGGUGUUGGAGACGAAGGGACGCAGUUCUGCUCAGAUACAAAUGUGGCUUGGUGGCAACAAAUAGGAAAGUUAGGUUUGAGCAGUAAUGUAGAAAUACUAUUACUAAUUGUGCUAAGGGUUUUAGUAAUGUAAGCUUGUAAAUAAACGGUUAAGCUGAAGAUAGUUCGUGGUUUGCUCGACUAGGCGUCGGAUAUUCGCUCAAUUCGUUAGGGAUCUGUUCGCGUGAGCAUAAACGAGUAACGAAAUAAAAUAUACCUGUGUAUAUGUGUGUAUUUCCGUUAUCGUUUGUAAACAGUUUAUUUAUAAUUUAUAAUUAUUCAAAUAUGUAGUAUUAAUCUAUUAUAAUUGAUAAAUAUUUUAUGCUUGUAAAAUUAUGCUCAGUUCUUGAAAGAAAUUUCUUUGUAGAGAUUUUAAGAGAUUUUACUUUUUGUUAUUAGUGGAAAUGGUGAAAAAUAGUUAACUAUUGUUAUGUAAUAGUCGUUUUAAUACCCUCAUAACUGUGUAGUAGAGUAAAUAAUAUCUUUUAGUAGCAGUUCUAUAAUUUUAAGCGUGUAUGUAUAUUAUUGUAGCAAUAAAUAAAGCUAAUUGAUACGAGAAAAUAAAA